AUGACGAUAGAAGGCGAAGGGAUGCGUCUGAUUCCGAUUAGCUCAGAAUGGCUCAAUGAGGACCACAUGUUUUGGAAAAGUCAGUAUUUUGUUGCUGAUCGAUUCCACACCUGCUUGCAGAUGUCCAAGGCAUCAAAGACGGGUUCAGUGGAACCAAAGAAGAUGAGUGCUGAACUCUUCUCUCUUACAUAUGGCGCACUCGUUACGGAAAUGCUUCAAGACUACGAAGAUCCGAAGCUUGUGAACCUGCGACUGGAUAAGAUUGGUUUCAACAUGGGAACGAGGUUAGCUGACGACUUUCUCGCUAAGAAUACGCAUGUUCCAAAGUGUACCGAUUGUCGACAAAUUGCAGAAGUUCUAUCAAAAAAUGCUAUACCCAUGUACUUAGGUGUCCCGGCUACAGUAUCGAAUUGGGCCGGCGGUGAUCGAGAAUUUUCUUUGAUCAUCGAGAAUAAUCCAUUAACAGAGCUUGUUGAAGUGCCAGCCACAUUGUCUACUCUCAACUAUUCUCAGGUCAUAGCUGGAGCGAUUCGAGGUGGACUCGAAGCCCUACACUUCAAGGUAGGCUUUUUGAACCUUUUUCUUAGCCAGUCAUAA